AUGUUUAAAAUUAUUGGUAUGAUUUAUGGUGGAAUUGGCCAAUGUGAUCUUGUGUUGUCCAUUCUUUUGGACUUAUUAUGGUUAGGUAAACAACAUUAUCAACUAGAUCCCUUCUAUUCAACUUCCAGCCAACAACCUUGCUCUCUCUCUUUCUCUCUUCUUUCUCUCCCCUUCCUGCUUUGUGUAUAUUUAAGCACCAAACCAUAACCCAAAGUGUAGCAUCUUAAAUACUGAGCUUUGUGAUCUUUAUUCCACUGCAAAAUGGCUAGUGAUAAAAAACCCUGCCAAGAUGAGCGUGCAGGAGCAGAAAUUGUGUGUGGAGCUGAAGAGUGCCUUGGUCAUUCUGUUGAACUUCUAAAAGCGUUGGGAUUUCCCAUGGGAGUCCUUGCUCUUAAAGACCUUGAAGAAUGUGGCCUGGUUCGUGAAACUGGAUUUGUGUGGAUGAGACAGAAGGCUCCGUAUGAGCAUUACUUUGUCGCAACAAAAACUCUAGUUAGCUAUGGCACCGAGGUCACUGCCUACGUAGAGAAAGGCAGGAUGAAGAAAAUGACUGGGGUUAAGAGUAAGCAGCUAUUUAUGUGGGUGCCAAUAGUUGAGAUGAGCAUUGAGGAUCCUGCUCAGAAUAAAAUUCACUUCAAGACUCCUAUAGGAAUUGGAAAGUCUUUUCCACUCACUGCUUUCAUGACUGAUGAGGAAAAGCAGAAGUAUCUUGAGAAAGCUAACGAGUAGAACAAUUAUCUAUAUGAUUGCCCAUUUUGCUUCAUUUUGAUCUUCAUGAACCAAGUAUAAAUUUCUGCUUCCAUUGCAUCAAUUAUUAGUUUAAACUCUUUAAAGCUGAUUAUAUUCUAUGUUUAUGCAAAUGAUAUAUUGAUAUUCAUGUGGAAUUUUGUCUU